UAUAAGCACCCAUUCAAACCCUUCCAUUAUUAUUCUUACUACUACUCUACUGCUACUACCAAACCAAAACUCCUCCUCUUCUUCCUCGCUUCAUUCUUUAAACAACCCUUCACCAUGCCCUGGUCUUAUGCUUCCCCCUAUGUGCCUCCCCAUCACAACUCUAACUACAUUCCACCUUCCGAUGAUCCUGCUCACAACGGAUUUUCCCGUGCUUCCGCUCCCCGUCCUGGAGCCUGGCAACGCGGCGGCAGCGCCGGCCGUGGUGCCUCCGGUGGUCGUGGAAUCUCUCGGCCCCGUGAGUCUUCUCACCGGAACUCACGUUUCCCCGUGGAGGAACAAGAAAAUGGCGACGCUAUUAACUUUGACGCGUACGAGUCUGUCCCGGUGGAGGCGAGUGGGAAGGACGUGCCUCCGCCGGUGAACGUCUUCGACGAUACGGACUUGGACGAAGGGUUGAAGAGGAAUAUCAAGCGAUGCAAGUACGUGAAACCCACGCCCGUUCAGCGUCACGCGAUUCCCAUAGCUACCGCGGGCCGUGACCUUAUGGCGUGUGCACAGACUGGGUCGGGGAAAACGGCGGCGUUUUGCUUUCCCAUCAUAUCUGGGAUUUUGAAGGGUCGCUCCUCUUCUGCGUUUUCGCCUGUAUCUCGUGGUGUCGCUGUUGCGUACCCCACUGCGCUUAUUUUGUCUCCUACGAGGGAGUUAUCUUGCCAGAUACGCGAUGAAGCGAACAAAUUUGCAUUUCAAACUGGAGUGAAGGUUGUUGUUGCCUAUGGUGGAUCUCCUAUCAUUCAGCAGCUGCGCCUUUUGGAGAAGGGGGUUGACAUAUUAGUUGCCACUCCUGGGCGUUUGGUGGAUAUUAUUGAAAGAGAAAGGGUUUCGUUGGCGAGGAUUAAGUACCUUGCAUUAGACGAAGCUGAUCGUAUGCUGGACAUGGGUUUCGAGCAUCAAAUACGCAAGAUUGUGGAGAAAAUGCACAUGCCACCGCCAGGUAUCAGACAGACAUUGUUGUUCAGUGCAACGUUCCCUAAUGAUAUACAGAAGCUAGCUUCGGACUUUUUGUCGGACUACAUAUUCUUGUCUGUUGGGAGAGUUGGAUCGAGUACUGAACUGAUUGUGCAGAAGAUUGAGCUUGUACAGGAUACAGACAAAAGAGACAAACUUGUUGCUCAUCUUCGUAACCAAAAGGUGCAUGGGACCAAUGGGAAGCAUGCUUUGACUCUUGUAUUUGUUGAAACAAAAAGAGGAGCAGAUGCUUUAGAAAGCUGGUUAUCGAAAAGUGGCUUUCCAGCUAUUGCCAUACACGGAGACAAAGUUCAAUUGGAAAGGGAACGGGCUUUAAGAUCUUUUAAAUCUGGACAUACUCCUAUUUUGGUUGCAACCGAUGUUGCUUCGAGGGGAUUGGAUAUCCCGCAUGUGGCUCAUGUCAUAAACUUUGACUUGCCUAGAGACAUAGAUGACUAUGUACACAGAAUUGGACGAACAGGCCGUGCAGGCAAAUCUGGUUUAGCCACUGCUUUCUUCAGUGACAAGAACAGUCCAAUGGCAAAGGCUCUUGUUGGACUCUUGCAGGAGGCAAACCAAGAAGUUCCUUCUUGGCUCAACCAGUUUGCAGAGUGUUCCUCCUCAGGUGGCCGUGGUCGUGGUUAUGGAUCACAGCGUUAUAGCAGUGGUAGCUAUGGCGGUCGUGAUUUUCGAAAUCCCACUGAACCUGAGGUGCAAAGCUACAACUGCUACGGUUCUCAUGGCAAUGCAGAUAAUGCGGUAGAAUCUUUUAGUACAACUUCAUACGUUGAUACCUCGUACGACAUGCAAAACUACCCUGUAGAAACAUCUUUUGACAAUUUGAAUAUAAGUUGCAGUUAUGAAGAAGGAGAUGUUAACUCUAUUGAACUGUGUGGAGGUGUAACGGUUGGUGAAGAGGGGCCUAGUGGUUAUGCAUCUAUUGUUCCCACUGGAUGGGACUAGACUUGUAUAGUUGGUAGUGGAAUGUUUUUUUGCUUUAGAGGGUUGACAUUUUAGCAUCAAAUAUAUAAUCUUCCAUACUAUAGUGAUAUUAGUGAAGAAGUUGGUAGCCGCUUUCAUGGUUCCAGAUUAUGCCACACUUUUUUGUGCACCCUCUAGUCCUAAUACAACAGAUUAUUAUGGAUGUAAUUUGUUUUGCUUAUUUAUAAG